AUAAUCAACAUUUCACACUUCAUACACUUUGAGCCUUCUUUCCAAAUCUCAUGGCUCCUUCAAUUCAUAUGCAUUUCCUUCUAUUCUCCGCUAUCCUCCUAUGCUCUAGUGUUCUAGUUCAAUCUCAAGUUCCCAAAAACCAAACAUUUCAGUUCAUAAAUCAAGGCGACUUCAGCGAGUAUAUAGUUGAAUAUGAUGCAAAUCACCGUAUUGUAAGAACAGAAGAGGAUACAUUUUUUAUUUAUCCAUUUCGUCUGUGUUUCUAUAACACUACUCCUAAUGCAUUCAUUCUUGCACUGCGAGCUGGUAUCCCAAACGAUGAAGACUUAAUGCGUUGGGUAUGGGAUGCUAACCGGAACGAUCCUGUUCGCGAGAACGCUACUCUAACUUUCGGCCGCAAUGGUAAUCUAGUACUAGCUGAUGUUGAUGGUCGGGUGGUUUGGCAAACCAAUACUGCCAACAAAGGUGUUACUGGUAUUUCCUUGCAGCCUAAUGGGAAUCUAGUACUUCAGGAUAAGAAUGGGAGGUUUGUAUGGCAGAGUUUCGAUUAUCCGGUUGAUACCCUCUUAGUAGGUCAAUCUCUUAAGCUCAACGGUGGGAAAAAACAACUCGUUAGUCGUACAUCGGAUGUGAAUGGUCGAGAUGGUCCUUACAGUAUUGUGAUUGACAAGAAAGGCUUCACAAUGUAUCUAAAAACUGCAGGCAAAUCUCUACAAUAUGGAGGUUGGGAAGGUCAAGGCCUUUUGAAUGUAUCUUUUGAUGCAGUCCCCGAAGAUCAGAGUAUUACUUCUUAUGAGUUAACACUGGCUUUUGGUGAACAACAACAGCUAAGCACCCCUACUAGGCAUUUACUUCAAUCAAGACCAGUAGGUAAUUCAAGAGGGAUUAUACUUAAGAAACUCAACUACAAUGCAACUUAUUCCUUCUUCAGGUUAGAAUCAGAUGGAAACAUCAAAGUAUUCACUUACUAUACAAAUACAUCUUACUUAAAAUGGGAUCAAACUUAUGCAUUCUUUGGAGAUGAUGUGAGGGAGUGUGGGUUGCCAUCAAAAUGCGGUUCAUUUGGGUUCUGUGAUAAGAGGAUGUGCAUUGCUUGUCCUAGUCCCAAGGGUUUAUUAGGUUGGAGUGAGAGUUGCAAACCUCCUGCAGCGCCUUCAUGUAAUACUGGUGGUGCCGCGCCGAAAUAUUACAAGAUUGCCGGUGUCCAACAUUUUUCGAGUCCAUAUGACGAAGGACAAGGACCAAUGAAGGUGACUGAUUGCAGGGAUAAGUGUAACAAAGAUUGCAAAUGUGCUGGUUUCUUUUACAGGGGAGAAUCCUCCAAGUGUUUCACUGUUCCUGUGCUUGGUACUCUUAUCAAGGAUGUCAACACUUCCCAUGUUGGCUAUAUCAAGUACUAGUAGAAGAAUUGGAAUAUAUCUUCUUUUUGUAUUGUAUAAUAAUCAAAUUAUGUGAGGCAUAAUCUUAUUGUGUAAUCAAUUUCAUAAUUUAAUCAUCAAAUCAAGAAAUCUUUCAACA